CUGAAUGUCCACUGCAAAGUUUUAGUUGCACGAACUCAGAACUGAACUUUACUUAUAUUCUGAUUCAAAUUAUAAAAUUCUAGAGAUUCAUUUUGAAAUGCAUUCAUCUAUUUCUCUAUCUUUUCCUCCUAAUUGCUCAGUACUUAAGAGAUCACACAAAAACAAUCAGUUCGAGCAAUUUUCUUUUGCGCCUUUGGAUCUUCAGUUUUGUGGACUGCGGAAAGAGGCUGCAGUAAAUUUUUCAUUUUCGCAGCUUAAACGAUGUGAGAUUCAGAAUUCAGUGAGAAUUCUGAGGAAUAAUGUUGUAUCAGCUUCAGUAGCUGACAAUGGCAGUGCUCCAACGUCGUUUGAUUAUGAUGUAGUUAUAAUUGGUGCUGGUGUUGGUGGCCAUGGAGCUGCAUUGCAUGCUGUGGAGAAGGGUCUUAAAACAGCAAUCAUUGAAGGCGAUGUAGUCGGUGGAACUUGCGUAAACAGAGGCUGUGUUCCUUCUAAAGCACUUCUUGCAGUAAGUGGUCGGAUGCGGGAACUUAAGAAUGAGCACCACUUGAAGGCUUUGGGUUUGCAGGUUUCAGCGGCUGGCUAUGACAGGCAAGCAGUGGCUGAUCAUGCUAAUAAUCUUGCCUUGAAAAUUCGUAAUAACUUGACAAACUCAAUGAAGGCACUUGGUGUGGACAUUUUGACAGGAGUGGGUACUAUAGUGGGUCCUCAAAGGGUGAAGUACGGUAAAGUUGGUUUUUCUGACAAUGAAGUUACCGCAAGGGAUAUAAUCAUCGCUACUGGUUCCGUCCCUUUUGUUCCCAGAGGCAUUGAAGUUGAUGGGAAGACUGUUAUUACGAGCGACCAUGCUCUCAAACUGGAAUUUGUCCCCGAAUGGAUAGCUAUAGUAGGAAGUGGUUAUAUUGGACUUGAAUUCAGUGAUGUGUAUACUGCACUUGGUAGUGAGGUUACCUUUAUUGAAGCUUUAGAUCAACUUAUGCCCGGAUUUGAUCCUGAAAUUAGUAAGUUAGCUCAAAGAGUUCUCGUAAAUCCAAGGAAAAUUGAUUAUCAUACUGGAGUGUUUGCAACAAAGAUCACCCCAGCAAAAGAUGGGAGACCAGUUGUUAUUGAGCUAACUGAUGCCAAGACCAAAGAACUGAAGGAAAUUUUGGAGGUUGAUGCAGCUCUAAUUGCGACUGGUAGAGCUCCCUUCACGAAUGGUCUUGGACUGGAUAAUAUUAAUGUGUUGACACAACGAGGUUUUAUUCCAGUCGAUGAGCGCAUGCGAGUUAUUGAUGCUGAUGGAAAAUUAGUCCCUCACCUUUAUUGCAUUGGUGAUGCAAAUGGUAAAAUGAUGCUUGCUCAUGCAGCUAGUGCUCAGGGAAUAUCUGUUGUCGAACAAGUCUCUGGAAGAGAUCACGUGCUUAAUCAUUUGAGCAUUCCAGCUGCUUGUUUUACUCAUCCUGAAAUCAGCAUGGUUGGGUUGACUGAGCCACAAGCUCGAGAGAAAGCUGAAAAGGACGGGUUUGAGAUAAGCAUUGCAAAAACAAGUUUUAAGGCCAACACAAAAGCACUUGCAGAAAAUGAAGGGGAAGGACUUGCAAAGUUGAUAUACAGACCGGACACGGGGGAGAUUCUUGGAGUUCAUAUCUUUGGUAUGCAUGCUGCAGACCUCAUUCAUGAAGCAUCGAACGCCAUGGCAUUGGGAACAAGAAUUCAGGAUAUAAAGUUUGCAGUGCAUGCACAUCCAACAUUGUCUGAAGUACUUGAUGAACUAUUCAAAUCAGCUAAGGUAAACACUCAAGACCAUAGCUCAGUGCGUGAACCAAUUGCUAUCUAGAGUUGUGAAGUCGGGAAUUUUUGAGGAAACAACUGCAUUGCGGGUUUAAGCCAGAGCUCAUCUUCCAUAAAACAUAGAAAGGGGAUAAGGAUAGAUUCGGAUAGAUCGUUGCAUUUCAGGAGCGCCAAUGGAUUUCCAUGGGAGUAGAUAUACUGAUUCCAGGAUAUUGCGCAAGGCCUAGGAAUGACAAUAAGAUGAGGUGCAAAUCAACAUUCAAACUGCUGCUGCACCCAAGAGCCUGUCCUCAUAUUUUAAACCUUUCACCAAUCAUUUUAGGUUGUAUUUUGCAUUGGGAGUCCUAAAAUGUACAGGGAUUGCCCAUGGGCAAUCCCUCUAUUGGUUUAUGCUUUGGAUGGACUGUGUGUAUUAUUUUUCCAUCUUCCUUUUUAUCAAGUGCAGCUCUAAUAAAUUACUGAAAUGACCAUCUUUCCUGCU